AUGCUGUGUAUGGACGAGCAGCCUAUCAAAGAGGAGCUGUUGAAAUUCGACGACAUGCUGGGCAAAGCAACAACGAAGCUCAUCGAUGAUAAGUAUCAAAUGGCUCCUGACUACAUUGUCGUCACUGCUGGGUACGAAACAACGUCCGCGAAAAUUGGCGUCGUCAGCGGAAAUUUCACCCAGAUUUGGAAGAAAUCUGGCAACUCCUACUUUGAUCUAUCACGACGAAUAUGA